GCUCUUGACUGGGUUGGUGGUCUUCAUACAUCCGGUUGUGGAGCCGUCGUGUUCUUGAGCGAUGACAACGGCGGGAGUUGGUACUGUUGCGGAGGUGUGGAGAAAUCAGAAACGGGGAGGACUAACUACGAUGGCAGGAAGCUUAGGACCUUCUUCCUUACGUCUGUCUAUGACGGCGAGGGGAAGAACUGGGUCAAGGACGACAAGAAGGUGUCUCUUGACCUUCCGCUCUUCCAAGGUUACGUGGUCAAGGCUUUGUCGAUGAAAGCGUUUGACGUGCGCGAGAACAGAACGGAGUUCCAAAUGCUGGAUCCAGAAAAGUUUCUCUCCAAAACCAAUGGCUACCACGUCACUGGGUCCCUGCCCGUUCUCGACAACACUUUCUUGCUCAACAGACCUUUGGUCCAGUUCAACAGCCCGACGGACCAGCUGGCAACAGUAGUUAUGCGAUACAGGGAACAGUUCGCGAGGCUGCCUGCUGCCCAGCAAGUUGAUUGUGUUUUCCUGCCCAUUGAUGCGGGGUCCAAAUGUCGCCAAGAUCUGCCGGCCAAAGCGGGUGCGAAGAGGAAACUAUUGGCGAUUGCCCCGCUUUCGUCCGAUGCAGUCGCCCGGCCUCUUCCCGCUUCGAUUUCGCCCUCCGAUCGACAAGGUCGCGAUGCGGCGGAGCAGUCCAGCGAGGCUACAGACUACGACGACGGAGCUUUGCGCCAUCUGGCUAGUCCCCAACAUCAUUCCCGGGGAGGUACAGGUGCCUUUGACGAGGAGGAAUGCGAGGGCCAAGAGGGGGAGGGCGGUGGUGAGGAGGGGGACGGCGGUAACGAAGGAGAUGCCGAAGGUGAGGACAAUGACAUGGAUGCGGAGAGAGAUGUUGGUAAGUAUGACGCCUGCGGAGUCGGUGACGCGGAUGACGCGGAUGGUGCUGGAAUGUCACAGUGGUUUAACCAGGCGAAGGAUGGGACAGGCAAACAUGGCUCAUGGGGAAAGAGAAAGAGGGGAGAAGCGUUGACCUCUAUUGCGAGCCAAACGAAACAAGCGAGGACUAACGCCGUCAAUGAGGCUCGCGGAGAGUUGACGUCAUCCCAGGAAGCGCGGGCUCCUCGGAAAACUGGGGAGGGGGGGCGAAGUGGCAGUCGUGGCGGCGGCCAUGGCGGUGGUAGGAAAGGCUCGCAGAGGGCCAGGACACAAGAGCUGCGGGACUCUGAGGAUGAGGGCGAGGGGGUGGGGCCUCGCACGCCCGAGGAUGUUGACGAGCUGGUUCAGCGCGCCGCGCCCCUUGACACAACACGAUGUUUCUUUCUCGAAUACGACGAGCAAGGCUUCGCCAGGCAAGACGUUCAUGUUGUUAACGUCGACGUCACAAGAAUCAAACACAUUCCUCGUGGGAGGAUUCUUUAUAACCACCGCUCCUUGUCCGAGAACAUUGUGAGAGGCAUCGGGAAUGUCAUAGAAAGCUCUCUCACUGCCGACCCGGGGGCGUGGGAUAGACCUGAGCUCGUUCUUGCACCUGUUGAUCCGGACGACAUCGUCGGCGGGCAGGGAAGGCGAAUCACGCCGGACGAGUUCUUCAAAAGGGACUCUGCGGAAUUCGACUGGUAGUACGCUGUCUGUGGUCAGCAUACCGCCGAGGCCAUGAAACAGUUGGUGGAAAAGUACUCCGCCGCGGUCAAAG